UUGCAGAAAUAUAAGUUAUCAGCAAUGCGAGCCACGCAUCUGUUAAAGUUAUCUGUCCUUUGCGCGGUAAUAAUGUUAUCAUCGGCUUAUCAUUUCAGGCCUUAUAUCAUCAGCGGUUGGCCAAUCAUGAUUCGUGAUGAGGAUCAAGUUCCAAUUCCCGAUGAUGUUUAUAUAUCGAAAAUGUCGGAUACUAUCCAAAAUGGAUUUCAUCCUAGAUGGGACAUUUUUCAAAAUGAACUGAGGAAUUAAUGAAUAACAACAACAAUAGAACAAAACAGAUUCGACAUUUUGACGAAUUUCCUGAAUCAAUUCCGUCAUCAAAUCCGGUAUAUAUGAUAGAAUUCGGAAGAAUCAGUUUCCUUCUUUCUCUCUUUCCUUCCCCAUUUCAAAUAAUUUUUGUGCUUAAACUGUGAUGUGAAAAACAUAACCAAAAUUCUUUUUUGCUUUUUUUGUUUCUUUUCUUCAAUAGUCUAUUUGAAUUAAAUUUAAGUUUUGCCAACAAACUAAAGACUGACAUCCUCAGCUUUCUUAUUUGUUUUCAAAUCAUCUUGUUAACAAAAAAGAAACUGUCACAUGGGAAUAUGAUAAAAUGAGAAAAACUUG